ACAAACAAAAAAGAUACAUUUAAUAGUAAAAUAUUCCUAAGAUUCUUUCUUUUCUCAAGUCAUCAUAGAAGAAAACUGACAGCUUAAAUAAUUUUUAUCGCAAUUAAAUUGAAUUAAACAUGAGUUUUGAUAAUUACAACGUGGAAGGCAAUGGUGGUGAUAGAAAGAAAACUCCAAUGACUAAUGGCUUCUCCACAACAGAGAGCACAGGAGAGUCCAUACUAGAGGGACAACAUUCAACUAUACUCACUGGCGGAAAAGCUGUACAAAAGAAUAUCGCAACAAAAAUUAAAAACUUCUUUGUUUCUACAGACACUGUUACCUGCAAACACAUUCCUGACAAAUACAGUCACACUUUUAGACACAAGAGUCGUUGGGAACACAUAAAAUUAAGUGGUGCUGUGUGUGGAAUUGAGUUCUGUUAUGCAGCAGAGACUGCUUUUGUGACCCCUAUACUUUUAAGUCUUGGCUUAAGUAUCAAAUACGUCACAAUUAUAUGGUGCUUAAGUCCGUUAGUUGGACUCAUUCUUUCACCUAUAUUAGGUUCCAUGAGUGACAGUUGUCAAUCAAAAUACGGUCGUAGACGACCCUUCAUCAUCUUGUAUUCAAUAGGCAUUUUAUUAGGUCUCAUUUUAGUACCAAGUGGACAUCACAUAGGUGUGGCUCUUGGAGAUAUUGGACGUAACCAUGCCUCGAUCGGUAACCCAUCUGGUACUCUUGAUGGGAGAAGUAGUACAUUUAAAAUUGAUGUGGAAACUAAUAGAACUUUAAAUUUUACAAAAAUGCAAGAAUUAUCGACAGAAUAUUAUCUCGCUUAUUUUUCAGAAAAUUCAACUCUAAUCAAUCAAAAUAGUUCACAAAUAGACUUAGAAACUUAUAAUAAACUAUUUAAAGAAUCUCAAAAUGACCAAAUUUUAGAAAACAAUUCAAAUCUUCAACCAUGGAGCAUUGCAUUUACAGUCAUUGGAGUCGUUUUACUAGAUUUUUGUGCUGAUUCAUGCCAGUCUCCCGCCAGGACAUAUUUGCUAGACGUAUCAAUUCCUUCAGAUCACGCUUCUGGCUUGAGCACAUUUACAAUAAUGGCAGGACUUGGUGGAUCACUUGGAUACGCCAUGGGUGCGAUAGAUUGGGGAAACACGUGGAUUGGAGAUCUUCUUGGUGGACAGAUUCAUGCUGUUUUUACAAUUAAUACUAUAAUUUUUCUCAUCUGUCUGGCUAUAUCAUUGAACAGUUUUUCUGAAUUACCUCUGCCUCUCUUAAAAGAUCCAGUAAUGUACAAAGAGUACAAAGAGAAACUUCACCGAAAUACUGGAGACAAAAAUUCAAAAGAAAUGGAUGUAAUAAGCGUCGACCAAAACCUUAAUGAAGCCGACAAGAAAAUGCAUGGAGCUGAUAGAGAAAAAGAAGUGAUUGAUUCAAAAAGUAAGAAUAAAGCUCUCACCAAUGACAAAGAAAGUUCUAAAAAUUUGAAUGAAAAUGUACCAGAUAAAAAUAAAAGCUUUAAGGAUUUAGAUAAAUCACAAAAUGUAGAAAUCAAAAUUACAAAUGAGACAGAGGUUGCAAAAGACAGUCCGAAAUUGAAGGAAUACCUCCUAUCUAUCGUUCACAUGCCCAGGUCACUUCGCAUUCUUUCAUUGACGAACCUCUUGGGGUGGAUGUCCUGCAUAUGCUACAUGUUAUACUUCACGGAUUUUGUGGGUGAGUGUGUGUUUGGAGGUGACCCUCAAGAUGCACAGGACUCAACAAAAUAUGCAACAUUUCAAGAAGGUGUUCAGUUUGGAUGUUGGGGAUUGGCACUCUUCUGCAUAUCAUGCUCAUUCUAUUCACUCUUUGUUGAAGCUUUGGUAAAGAAAGUUGGUGCCAAAGCUGUUUACAUUGGAACUCAAUUGGGAUAUUCCGUCAGUACCAUAAUAAUGGCCAUAACAAAACACAAGGUGGCAGUUAUCCUAUUAUCUCCAAUAGCAGGAAUAAUGUACUCUUCUCUUUUGACUCUUCCAUAUCUCCUGGUUGCUGAUUAUCACAGCAAAAAUCAAUUUUCCAAAAAGAAAAAGCUCGACCCAAAGAAUGCACGAGGCAUAGGUACAGACGUAGCUGCUAUCAGUAGCAUGAUGUUUUUAGCGCAGCUUUUAUUAUCAGUAACCAUGGGCAAUGUUGCAGAAGCGAUUGGCUCAAGUGCUGUUCCCAUUUUCGCAGCUGCUAUACUCAGUGCGUGUGGAGCUAUAUCUGCCACUCAAGUUACAUAUCUCAGUAUAUAAUGAAGACGAAUGAAUAAUAUAUGAAUUUCAAUAAAGAAUGCCGGUUUAAUCGGUUUUCACCAAAAUAUAGUAACAUUAGAGAAAGAUGGAAGUAAAACUAUGCUGAAUAUGGAAAGGAAAAUUGCCUUCAAAAUGAAAGUAUUUCAUAUGGUUGAGAUCUGUUAUGUCUUAGGUUAACGCUUUGUUUGUCAACUCAAGCCAUAUUUGGAAAAAUGCUUAAAUCUUGUACCAAGUCCAAAUUGUAAAAAUACGUAAUUAUGAAUUACUUGGUUUCUUUUCUAUAUGCCUUCACGAUAUUAAAAGAGGUCAACAAAUAAGAGAAAUUAAACACAUUAUCAUAUUAAAAAAAAACUGAAACAAACGUUGAAAAAAAGUCUUUCAACCGCAUUUAACACAGAGUUAAAAAUAUUGUGAUACUCUUUUGCAUGACUGUUGUAAUUACAAAUUAAUUUAUUGUCAUACACUGCUUUAAUUACGUGUGUUUGUUGCGUGUAUAACUGUAAAUAUAUAUUUAAUUAAAACUGAAUUCAUGCUUCAGCAUUACUUUGCUGAUGAAUUAAUUAUGAUUUUACUAUUUUUGUACAAAUUAUCAAAGUUUCUCAUUUAACUCUUUUGUAACAAUAAUAAAUUAUGAUAACUAAA